GGAUUCAACAUAACAGAAUGCAGUUUCAAAUCAGCUUCAGUUUAUUUCUACUCUCGAUAGGCUUAAUCGCAACGAGAGGACAAGGUGCAUAUUAUGGCGGAAAUACAUACUACAAAUGCAUGGGUUGCUGUUAUGGACUUAGACUAUAUGUUAGAUGUUCGGAUGUUUGUGCACUCAAUCCGGCCUGUUACGUUAACGAUCAUUGUUGGAACGAAUGUGUGAAGAGUGUUUGUGUAUUUGGCUAUGGUUAUGGUCACAGCAUUAAUAAGAAUAGGGAUGCAACAUUGGCACGAUGUUUGAAGCAAUGCACCGUAUGUCCAAGGCCAUCACCAACAACAACAACAUCAACCUCAACAACAACCACAACAACAACAUUACCACCAGUAUGUAGUCUUCCGCCCCCUACCGACAACGGUGUAUUUGUUAUUGAUCCACCUCCUGCAGAUGGAAGUACAUCAGUUAUGGUAAAUGCCAUUGUGACAUAUACAUGUAAUACGUGUUACAAAUCUGAUGACGCAUUAACGUAUACUUGUAAACCGACGGGAAACUAUGACCCUAGUGGGAUACCACCUACUUGUAGUAAGGUAAGAUGUCAAGGAAUCCCUCAAGCGCCAGAAGGUGGGUCGGUGUCAACACAGGACAACACAUGUGGCACAUUGGUAGUCUAUAGCUGUGAUUCCUGUAGUAAUGUUGUUGGGUCAGCGACACGAACUUGUCUAGAGAAUGGCGAAUGGAGCUCAGAAGAACCUACAUGCGAAAAGGUAAGAUGUCAAGGAAUCCCUCAAGCGCCAGAAGGUGGGUCGGUGUCAACACAGGACAACACAUGUGGCACAUUGGUAGUCUAUAGCUGUGAUUCCUGUAGUAAUCUUGUUGGUUCAGCGACACGAACUUGUCUAGAGAAUGGCGAAUGGAGCUCAGAAGAACCUACAUGCAAAAAGGUAAGAUGUCAAGGAAUCCCUCAAGCGCCAGAAGGUGGGUCGGUGUCAACACAGGACAACACAUGUGGCACAUUGGUAGUCUAUAGCUGUGAUUCCUGUAGUAAUCUUGUUGGGUCAGCGACACGAACUUGUCUAGAGAAUGGCGAAUGGAGCUCAGAAGAACCUACAUGCGAAAAGGUAAGAUGUCAAGGAAUCCCUCAAGCGCCAGAAGGUGGGUCGGUGUCAACACAGGACAACACAUGUGGCACAUUGGUAGUCUAUAGCUGUGAUUCCUGUAGUAAUCUUGUUGGGUCAGCGACACGAACUUGUCUAGAGAAUGGCGAAUGGAGCUCAGAAGAACCUACAUGCGAAAAAUUAUCAUGUGAUCCAAUCCGAGCCCCAGAAAAUGGACAACGAUCUCCCCCGCAGGGAAACGAAGAAUGUAAUGAUAAAAUAUCAUUCGAGUGUAAUGAGGGGUAUGAAGUAAAGGGAGCUGAAACAAUAAUAUGUACAAGGGCCCCUGGUUCUUCCCCGCAAUGGAAUGAAGCACCACCAAUUUGCUACCCGAUUUGUGGCAAAUGGGUGAAGGUGCCAUGUGGAGAUUGCAAAACUGAAUCGCAUCGUCAAAGAUGUGGCACACAGAAGUGUUCGUGGGUUUGCGAAAAGUGUGGCUCUGUUAGAGAUUAUUGGAGAGACCCACCCGGUAAAAAAAGAGAUGUGGUCGUUUCUAAGAGAGACUUUAAGUUUGACUCGGCGUGCACUAUUGGUGAUAGAAAGGAGGUUUCGAAUUUCUGCUGUCACUUUAGAAAAUAAAACUUGAAUUCUGCACUACGCCAUGCGAUGAUGCAAAUGGUGCGAUGUCAUGUUAACGAUACCUUUAUUACCUUAAUUAGAUAGUAAACUGUUAUUCUAAUAAAAAAAAAUUAUUCAGCAUGAGGAAAUAUUUCGAAUUAAA